CUCCGCCUGGACGCAGCUACUGCCGCUGCCCUCUCCCCACGAGGCUGCCCGAGAGGGACCCCCAGCUCGGACUGGGCCGCCCUGCUUCCCAACCUCCUCCUGCCUCAGUCUCCCCAGCUCCCUCCAGCCCUCUCGGGCCAGGCCGUCUCAGAUCGAUCCGCAUCCUGCCCCAUGGCCUCUGCCGCGCGGCCCCUGACACCAGCUCACAUUUUCCUUGAGAUGUCGCCGUCUGGUCGCCUGUGUCUCCUCACCAUCGUGGGCCUGAUUCUCCCUACCAGAGGGCAGACGUCAGAGGAAGCCCCAUCUCUUUCUCCACUGGACUCAACGACUGUAAACAUUCAUGACCCAGUCCAGACGCCAGGCCCAGUCUCCCCAGAACCCAAAUCUAACCCUGAGACCUCCACCCAACAUGCUGAUGAAACAACACAAAACCAGACAGAAACCCUGACCCAGCAACCGACAAGAACAGAUGCUCUUCUAACGACGGAUCCAGGGACGAGCACCAGCCGCAAGGAAGGUACCACAAUGCUCUCCAUGAGACGAUCCCCGAGCAAACACAGCAGUAACAACCCACAGACUCCCAGGCCACCUGGUACGGAUGAGGACAACCCCUUUCUCUAUGACAUAGACACUCUCCGGAAACGGGGGCUAUUGGUCGCGGCUGUGCUGUUCAUCACAGGCAUUGCCAUCCUCACCAGUGGCAAAUGUAGGCAGUGGUCCCGUUUGUGCCGGAAUUAUUGCAGGUGAGUCCAUUGGCUAUGGGAGCCGACCACCUGAGGGACAUCCCAAGACCAAGCCUUCCACCAACUCACCACGCUCAGCCUCCUCCCUCCCCUCAAAGAGCCUACAGAAUGGUCAGUAUGAGAAGCCCAGCCUGUGCUGGAAGACAUGAAUGGAUGGAUGGAUGGAGCAGAGCUUGGGCUGCUGGCCUGAGUCCCCACCUUCCAAUCCCACCUGCCUCCGAGGCCUGCCAGCCUCCCUGGCAGCUUCCCCUGAAGUUGUGCACUCUGUUCAGUCAAAAGUAAAGCACUAUGGUCUCA